AUUGAUGCUGCAAGUUUUGCGAUCUAUUUAAGCAUGGGACACGUUUUCUCUUAUGUUUUUAAUCGUCUCCUUGGCAAGGAGGACGUGAGAAUUCUAAUGGUGGGCCUGGAUAAUGCGGGGAAGACGACCAUCUUGUAUCGACUGAAACUUGAAGAGAUCGUGUCCACGGUACCUACUUUAGGAUUUAACGUGGAAACUGUUACUUACAAGAAUAUAUCCUUUACAGUUUGGGACAUAGGAGGACAAGACAAGAUAAGAAGCCUUUGGAGAGUUUACUUUCAGGAUACACAAGGCUUGAUAUUUGUUGUAGAUAGUGCCGACAGGGAGCGAAUCGAAGAAGCCAAGACUGAGUUGCACAAGCUUUUGGGCGAAGAACAACUAACAAAUAUCGUGCUUCUAGUGUUUGCAAAUAAACAGGACAUGCCGGAUGCUAUGCCUGCUUCUGAUGUUCGUGAAAAGCUUGGUCUAGGAAGCAUGCGACAAAGGCCUUGGUUUGUGCAGUCUUCUUGUGCUGUGAAAGGCGAAGGUUUAUACGAAGGACUCGAUUGGCUUGCAUCGCAGAUCCGAGCAAGAAAAAGCUGGAUUUGAGCUGAAUGGACCAUUAAAAACUGUGCCCUAAAUACUAAUAGAAAUAAAUGAUAUGGUUAAGUGUACUACAACAUGCACAAACGACAGAUGUUUAGCAUAUCAAACACAACAGGACGAGCAGAACUUUAGUUUGAAAAAGAAAAAUAAGCUUUUAAUAGUGUUAACAGGUGUUAAUAGUGCAUGCUCUUGUCUUAAAGACAAUAUAAUUUAUUUCAUAUACUGAUCUCAAAUACAAGGUGAAAAUAUUGAUUCAAACUGAAGCUUACAACCCUAGGGUAGUCAUUUAAUACCAAUGCAUAAUAAAGCCUUUAUUUUGAGGGUAAGAAAAUAUGAAUUUCCAUGAGGAGGCACUUCUAUGGAAAUAUUUGUUCAAAAUUGUUUCACCAGUUUAGGCAUUGUUGUUAAGAAUAAAUAGAAAAUAAACAUUUACUAUCACUGA